AUGCCCUAAACUGAAGGAACAGAGCAUGCACUCAAUGAAACCAGGUACUUUCAAAACGAGAAUAAUAAGCAAGAAAAUACAGGAUUGGUUGUUGAUGAUUAAUAAAAAAUGUAGCAAUUUGAGGAAAAUCUAAAUGACCAAAUCAAUCGAACUCUUUAGAAAGCUUCUAGAGCCUUUGAAAUUAAACUUAAAGCGAAACGAAGAAGACAGAAAACUUAGAGUUUUGAAGAUUAGGAGAAAGCAAUAAACAAGCAGCUGAAGAUAAUUGAUACAAUAGUCGCAGUAAUAGCUAUUAUAAUUGGUGUUGUAACUUAUAACGAGGGUGAAAUAGCCUUAGAUAUUGCUAAUUAAAAUAUCAUGAAGCAAAUACAAAGUGUGAAUACAGCAAGCUAAAUAGUGAUCACUAAUGUUACAAGUUGGUACUAGGAUGUAUUUUAUGUUUCGAAUGGAGACACCGAUAGAUAUCGAAUGGCUAUAGUAAUUUUCACAUUUAUACUGGACAGUCUAAUCUUGAUAAGAUACCAAAGAUAACUUAAAAGAUUAAAAAUUCUUAGAUUGAUACCUCCAAAAACUGGGUGUUGGAAAGCUGGACUUGUGCCAAAAUUAGUAGCAGAAUUAACUAUAUGCUCAACAAUAUCUCCUCCAGGUGUUAAUUUCACAUUUAGUGGCACUCUUGAUGGCGGAACUUACAAUUAUAGUUUUGAUGCCGUCAUGAAUAUCAUUGCUUUACUCAAAAGUUAUUUGAUAGUAAGAAUUUAUUGGCAUUACUGUUCCUGGAAUACUAACAGCGCCAAAAAAACAGCUAAAAGACAUGACCAUAAAAUAGAUCUUCAAUUUGCAAUUAAAUCUGAGCUAAAGUAUCGACCUUUUGUUAUGAUUGGACCUUUUAAAAACAAAGACGGGUAAGAUCAAGUGAAUAAGUUCUAGCCAAUUAUGAACUCAGCAUGGCUCACAGUCAUUACAAUGACUACAGUUGGCUAUGGGGAUCUAUAUCCUUCAACAUUUUUCGGCAGAUUCUUCGGUGUAAUGUCUUUCAUUAUUGGAAAUGUUCUCAUAUCACUGAUAGUUGUAGUGCUUUCUAACGAAACUAAUUUCCAGCCUGCAGAGGCAAAGGCUUACAAUACUUUAAAAAAAGAAAUGGCAAAAGACAAAGCAUUUGGAAGAGCUGCUGAUGUCAUUAGGACAUCACUUAGAUUGUAUAAAUCUAAAAUCAGAAGAGAUGGUAGAAGCUUCUCCUUAAGAUUCGUUUUUUAUACAGAACUCAAAUCUUAGAUUAAACUUUUCAAGAAUGUUAGCAAGUAAGCUGAGAGUCAUACAUUGCCAGCUGCCACAUUAAUCACCAAUAUGAAGACUAAACAUUAAGAAGACAUGGAGACUAUUAAAGAGGCCUAUGAUGAAGGGCCUUAAAUAGCAAUGAGACUGGAAUCCCUCCAGGAUAGAAUAGAUAGGAUGGAUAGAGCGAUGAGUAGAAUCUCAAAUAUUGAGCGAAGACUCGCAUUCUUCUUUCUGGAUCUUAAUAACAAAGUGUAUGACUAGGAAUUGAAGCUAAAAGAGCUUUAGAAAGAAAAGGAAAAGCUUCAAGCAGUUAAUGAUAUAAAUGGAAACCCAAGUACUAAAAUAAAGAAUCAUAUCCAAUAGAUUUAGCAAUAAAAUUCAUGA